ACUAAACCCCUUCCGCCACCUAUAUAAACUCCCCUUAACUUUGUUAAUUCUCCUUCCCUUUUCUCCUUCCUUCUCUUAUUACAAUUUCUAGCUCAACAUUAACUCUUUCUCAGAAUUCUCAAGCAGUUGCUCAGUUUAAUUUAACAUCAAAAAUGAGGGAAAAUUUGACAAGGUGGCUGUACCAGGCAAUGGGAUUCCAGAAUGGGCUGGCUAAGACUCAAAGAAUUGAGUCCAUUUCAAAAGCAACUAAGCCUAACAAGGCUGAGCCCAAGGCAGAUUCUAAGCCUGAUCAAAUGGACAUUUCUGCUGAUGUCAAAUACCUUUCUUGGUUGAAAGGGCACCCUUCAGCACUUAGCUCCUUCCAGGAGAUGAUGGAAGCAGCAAAGGGAAAAUGUGUUGUCGUGUUUUUAGACUAUGAUGGGACAUUAUCGCCAAUUGUAAAUGAUCCUGAACGCGCCUUCAUGUCUGAUUUGAUGCGCUCAGCUGUUGGAGAUGUAGCAAAGCUCUACCCGACAGCUAUAAUAAGUGGAAGAAGUCGACAGAAGGUUUAUGGUUUUGUAAAGUUGGAUGAUAUAUUCUAUGCGGGGAGCCAUGGGAUGGACAUAAUGGGACCUGCCAUCCAAGCUAAUUCUUAUGAUGGAAAGUACCAAAGCAAGGCCCUUGAUAAAAAGGGGAACGAACUCACUGUCUUCCAGCCCGCUCAGGACUUUCUGCCUUCAAUUGAGAAGAUGUUGAAUGAGUUGGAGGAAACAACUUCGGAGAUAAAUGGAGCUCUGGUUGAGGACAACAGGUUCUGCAUCUCUGUACAUUACCGGCAUGUCUUACAAGAGGAUUUAGGGCUGCUGGAAAAGAAAGUUCAAACACUAGUUGCCAAGUACCCCGGUUUUCAUCUUACAAGGGGUAAGAAAGUUAUUGAAAUACGUCCAUCCAUCAAGUGGAACAAAGGCGACGCUCUGCUUUACUUGCUUGAAACUUUAGGGUUCGCGGAUUCAAGUGAUGUUCUCCCAAUUUACAUCGGAGAUGACAAAACUGAUGAAGAUGCUUUUAAGGUACUCAAGGGUAGAGGACAAGGGUAUCCUAUUAUAGUGUCUAGUAAUCCAAGGGACACAUUGGCAUCUUACUCUCUGCACGAUCCAUCCGAAGUGUUAUCUUUUCUGAUACGGCUGGCCAGGUGGGGGGAGCUUUCCGCUGUGUAGAUUGCUUAUGAAGUGGAGCUGUGAUGGAUAAGUAAAUUAUAUCCAAUGUACAGUUUAUAUAAAAUUAUAUCGCUAUACAUGGUAAAACUGGAAGGAGUGGGAGCAAAGGUAUAAAAGGCGUUUUUUGUGGUCCGCCUGAUAUGCUCCCAUUAGGUUUACGAAGUAGUAGCAAUAUUAGUCAUAUAUAAACUUAAGAAUGAAAAAUGCAGUUGGGUGAGUUUUUUGCAUCAUUUCCCAACUACUGCUGUAGCAGCAGCAGCUUAUUAAUGGAAACUUUUGAACUUUUCGGCUUCAUUUGAUCUUAUGUCAAGUUUUUGUUAAUCUU